AUGAUAAUCUCACAACAACUACAACAACAACAACAAAAACAUGCAGCCAAAGGAUCUGCACUAAUUGUUGAGUUGGACAAAAUUGAUUCAGUUUUCAACGACAUAUUAAAUUCACAUUCAGGUUCCGUAUUCGACGAUAACAUCUCUGAUUCACAUUGUUGUGGAGAGGUAGAAGGUGAAAGACCAGGAAUAACCGUAUUCGUUGAAAAAUCAUCACAAGGUCAGGUGAAGGAAAUUUCUUUUCCUAGAAUAAAUUCGAAUAUGAAUUGUGUAAAGCAAAUAGUAAUGAACAAAAUAUCUAAUGUACAACCAAAUAGCAAAAUUAACAUUGAUCCAAGAGCUUAA